AUGUUCGGUAAAAAAAAGAAACCAAGGCAACCAUUAGAGCCAACUAAUUCUACUCCUUCACAUAGUCAGCUUAGACCUGCAAUAAAUUCACCAACCUGCUCACAAUAUCCUCCUCAACAAAACUAUCCACAGUAUCCUCCUCAAAGAACUCAAUCUCCCGAAGCACCUCAAAAUCAUCAGGAUAAUUCAAUAAUUCGCCAGCAUAAAAGAAAUCAAUCUUCUUCUGACUACUGUAGUUCUAAUACAACCUCCUUUUCCGAUAGUGCAAGUUCUACACGGUAUAGUUCUGAAUCAUCUUUCAGAUCAUCUGGUGCUUUCUCUCCAAGUGAAAUACAGGCAUGGGCUGGAAAUUAUUAUAAAGACGCCUUCUCAAAACAAGAUUCUUCACGACCUCCUGAUGAAGAAGUCGAAGAGUUAUUCUUUGAGUUAUUGGUGUUUAUUAAAUAA